AUGGCCGAGAACAGACAACCUUCUCUUGAUCCAGAAAGGCAACUAAUCGUUAAUUCGUUAUUCUCUGAUGGCGUUGAAGAUCCAACAUCACCAACUCAUGGUUCGGGUACCGAAUCCUUGAUAACAUACUGUAAAGUCUCGGAGGAUGGCGGUGGAGGAAAUUCACCCACUGCUGAUCGUUCUUUCGGGAUUGGUAAAAUGAAUUCUAAAAUAGACGUAAAAAUUCGUUAUUUAUUAGUAACAAUUGUCAGUAAAAACGGUAAAGUUCAAAAAGUCCAACUUCAUAAAGCAAAAAAAAAUCCAAAUGACACUUUUUCCAUUGGAAGGACUUGGCAGUUGGAACAAGUCCGAAAAAUCGAAUCAGUUGAUAAUAUCACCUUUGUGAUAACAAUAUCUAAACCUUAUUGUUGGACAACUGAUUCACAAGGAGAAAAGAAAGUUUUUUUGAGUCAGCUUUUAAAGACCUUUAAAAAACAUACCAAAAAGUUACCUAAACUUAUAAACUUUGAUAGCGAAGCUCUUGCGGAAAUAAAAUCAACUUCAACUCCAAUCAAGCCAGUUGUACAAAAUGACUCUGAUAGUUAUAGUGUAGCGGCUUCAUUACAAGAACGGCUUGCAAGUGCUAAUAAAUCAUCAUCAAGUUUAAAAAGUCUUAAUCAAAAAAAUGGUCGAUCGACACCAAAUCUAUCUUCUGGUGCUCAAGGAAGUGAAACGAAUAGUAUUCAUCAUACGGAAGACAAUGAGCUCAAAGAAGAAGAACUGUCUUUAAUAAAUGUUGGAGAGUUGCUUAACGAUUUUGACUGGAAAGGAAGUGGUAACGCGGCAGCUUUAGAAGAAAGGUUAUUAAAUGAGUUGGCUGCUCUGGAGGCUGCUAAUAUUCACGCGAUGGUAGAAUCUGAUGACCGCAUCCAUUCCGUUAUAGAUCAAAUUGAUAAAGCUAUUACUGAAUUGGAUAAUAUGGAUCAAUGGCUUUCGCUAUAUACUGCCGAAUUAAAUAGCAUGGGAGAUGAUAUUCAUCAUAUUGAAUCUCAGAAUCGGGGAUUACAAGUACAAACUGCAAAUCAGAAGGCUUUACUUUCCGAACUUGAUCGACUUAUCCAAUCUAUCACUUUGCCUGAAGAAGUCAUUCAGAUAUUAUUUAAGGAAUCGAUGGAUACCAUACAAGGAGUCCAGAACAUUGAACAUGCUGCAGCAGAGAUAAAACGUGUAUUGGAAACUCCGUUAGAUGAAAAUACCAGACAGAUGAUGGCCGUAAAGGAAAAACUGGAAGCUUAUCGUCUCCAUUGUAAUAAUUUCUGUUCACGAUUUUACGAAUAUAUGAGAAUUAUGUUCCAAUUCCAGGCAGAAACUUUAAUGAAUGAUAAAAGCAGAGGACCUCGUCAUAACUCUCUUACCAUACAAGAUCAUGAAAGCAUAACUGAAAAUUUAUCAAAAUAUCGUGGUCUUUCACUUUGGAUGAAAGAAAUGGAUCCUAAGCGACACCUGGAAAUUCAAUCGAUCUACGUGAUCUCUAAGGAGUCAAUAUAUAAGAAGGAGGCAAAAGCAUAUCUUUCACAAAUGAGACACUUGAUGUCGAAACGAGAAUUGGCAGAAGAAGCAUCUUAUGUCUUCAGUGCUGCAUUGAAUCAAAGUCAUCGUACUAGUUUAAGUUAUGGUUAUAAUUGGCUUACAUCGGAAAGCUUAAAACCACCCUGGGAAUUUAAAGAUGGAGGUGGUGGUAAACUCCCUCCGGAAGAGGCUUUUGACCAUUGUCUUCAAACCAUUGUACCACUUAUGGUUAAUGAACAAAAUUUCAUUUUGGAUUUUUUCCACCUUGAAAAAAAAAAAGCCGAAAACAAAAAAGAGGAUCGAAGUAUCGAAGAUAAUAAAACGAAAAAAAAAUUAACUGAACAUAUGGAAAAAUUUUUCAGUUUUCUACCUGAAGAAUUGUUCUCUCAAGUUAUUGGUAUGAUAGUUUCUCUAGAAAAGUAUAUGCAUGCCAAUGAAAAAAUUGCACAAGAUUUUGUAGUAAGGAUGUUACAACAAGUGAGAUUACAUUGUCUUAGUAGGUUUGAAAUUUUCAUUAAUGAGCAACUUAAAGCAAUCGAAGAGACUAAAGUUACGUCAAAAAAACGAAAAGGAAUUGUUAUUUUUAUGCGCAUAUUUCCACGGUUUGUUGAACGUAUCGAGCAUUCAAUGAUUGAAGAUGAAAAGCUUGAAAUGCGCCGUAUCGUAAACAGAGCUUAUGAGCGUAUUGUUAAAACAAUGUUUGAAUGUGUUGAAGCCAUUGCAAAAGAUGCUGAUUCUCCUGUUGAUGAUAAAGAACAAUUGAAUGCUCAUAUAAUGACUCUAGAGAAUAUGCAUUAUUUUUAUUCUGAGAUCCGUUCACGUCGGAUUAUUAUUCUUGAACCAUUUAUGAGAUAUGCAAAGAGUUCUUAUGAUAAACAUAUGGAUGCAUACGCUAGAACAAUGGUUCGAAGACCAUUUGGAAAAAUGCUGGAAUUUUUCGAAGGUAUAGAAAGUUUAUUGAGAACAAAUGCAGCUCCAGAAGAAGUUGGAUUCAGAAUUCAAUUCAAUAAAUCGGCAUUAAAGAAAGUUAUAUCACAAUACCCCGGAAAAGAGAUUAAGAAAGGUCUUGAGUCAUUAUAUAAACGAGUUGAAAAGCAUUUCAAGGAAGAAGAAGGAGGUCGCCUUUUACAAGUUGUAUGGCAUGCAAUAGAGGAAGAAGUAAUUCGUAGUCAUGAAAGAUUUACAUUAACGAUUAACAGAUGUUAUCCUGAUGCUAAUAUUACUUUAGAGUUUUCCAUGGACGAUUUGUUGGGUUAUUUUUCAGAAAUAGCUAGAAGUCAUUAG